AUGUCGGUCAGCUACGAGGACAAUGUGGCCACGGAUGAUGUGACAUGGGCAUGUACACCAAGGAUGGAGAUGCCGGUGGCGGUGGUGACAUUUCACUUUUUGCAAAGGGAAGAUGAGAUUGACGAUGGUGGCCAAUUAAUUCACUAUGAAAACGGAUCGCCCAAAACAUCUCUUUUGCCUUCAACCUCCCCUUGCCGAAUUCGCAUCCCCGCGCCUCCAAUUGCCCAAGUCCUGCCUGCCGGCGUCGAGGACGACGGGGCCCGGCCUUGGCCCUUGUCGUUGAUUCACCGUCCGUGGGAGCCGCUGCUCUUCCACGGCAUCAAUCUACUUGAGGGCCUCCUCCCCAUCCACGGCCGCCUACAAGGUCGCCGCUUCUCCAGCCUCUUCACGGGGGCGACAUACGGCAGGGGGCUGCGUGCAGAAUCUAUGCGCCACGCAUCUGAAACCCGGGUCGGGCUCGUCCACGAUGUUCAGGAGCUCGCCCCCAAUUCCUACCGCCGCCGUUCAGGAGCAUCAAGCAAACCGUGCUCUGGCGCACCAUCUGCCCGGCAAGUCAAGCUGCUGCUCCUGUCAUCACGGGGCAGCUGUCCUGCCCGCUGCUCGCCCCCGGGGGCGGGGGCUAGCUGGAGCUGGCCCAAGAGAGACAGUGAUGUUGCUUCAAGGCUGAGUCUUCACUGUGACCUACCUGGGAGAAGCAGGGCAUCAUCAGACAUCCUGUUGCUCAUGAUGUGGAGGACAAAUGCCUCCACUCCGUCAUCCAUAGUUUGGCCGUCGAUCUGGGGGUGGAACAAGAGGAGGCGCAUGCCGACCCACUGCAGAUGCUAGUCCGCAAGAAAUCGCCAUUUUCUCUUGGUCUGUUCUUCUUGGAGUUGGAGGACCCAACCUUCUCAAGUGCUUGUUGCGCUUCUUGAUAUAGUUCUUUUGAUCAGAGAACGACCUAUGCACUUCUUGGAAGAACGUAUGUACAGCUGGGCACCAGAUCUAGUUCGUUUCUUUGAUUUUAGUCGCCUCUUUUACAGUUUUGCUUAAGUUAUCAUUUGUUUUAGGGACGUUAAGAAACUAUUGUAUCUUUCUUUUACUUCCUUCUCUAGUACCACGCGUGUGCUUUCAAGUAGGACUCCUGAAAAGACUAGACUAAAAGAACUUGGUGGUUGUGUUCUUAGUUCUUAUUUUUCUCUUGGAUGAAAUCUGCUCAGCUUAUCGUCUACAACAAAGUUUUGUUAAGACCAUUCACUAGUACUCCUGUUUUUGACGUGCGUGUGGUGGCCAAUGUUGACAUGCAUUAGCGCAAUGUAGAGCUACGGCCCUCUAUAUUACUAUGCACAUUCUAGGAUCUACUUUUAAUUAUUACUCCAUCCAUUCCAAACUAAUUGACUCCACUUUAUCUCGAUAUGCUUGUAUCUCGAUGUGUUUUAGUGUGUAGAUACAUACGUACAUAUCUAGACAAAGCUGAGCCAAUUAAUUUGGAACAGAGGGAGUAGCAUUUGUGUUAGUUCCACAAAUGACCGUGCUUUUUUCCUUAGGAUUUGAUGUUGUUACUUCCCUUCUAGUGCUGCUUUAGCAUCUAUCUAAAUCUCUAUGGUGCUCCGAUUUGACAUCCUUCUCUGUUACUUGUUGUAGCCACACUAUAUCUCCUGUCAUGUAGAUCUGUUCUUACCUAGUUUAUUCCUUCUCAUCAAUAUCGUCCAAUCAUUUUUGUUGGUGCAUUACAAUUUUCCCUUUCUUAUCGUCUCUACAAUGUCGUUGUUUGCUGAUAUGCUUUGAAAGUAAUGAUGUUCAUGCUAUUUCUACAUAACAAGUAAAACAAAAUAUAAAUUUGUGCAUACAUGAGUUCUGCUAGUUGAGUUUUGUACAAUCGUACAUGGGUAUCUGGUUGGAGAAAUGAUUACUUUUGUCCAAACUAUUUUUCCAUCCUCUGGUUUUGUUACUAACUUUUAAACUGAACAUAACUCAU